AAUGUUUCUUUCGUUGUUUGCAGUCUUUUUAAGUGUGUUAAUUUUUUUCAAAUUUAUAAGCCCUUGUACUUACUGGAAGGAAAAGGGAAUCAAGCAUGUGCCAGCAUGGCCUUUAGUGGGUAGCAUGGGAAGAGUGUUUUUCAAAAAACAACCAUAUGUUGAGUUUGUCAUUGAUUUAUACAACAAGUUCUCAAACGAAAGAUAUGUAGGUUUCAUGAAAUUUACCCAAAACUGUGUUUUGAUUCGUGACAUUGAACUAAUCAGGAAUAUAACAGGGAAAGAGUUUAAUUAUUUUACAGAUCGUACAGUUUUAUCUCAACUCAAAAAUGAUCCAAUUCUGUCAAAAAGUCUAAUAAGUCUUAGUGGUGACAAUUGGAGGGACAUGCGAGCGACUCUAAGCCCAGUUUUCAGCAGCAAUAAAAUCAGAAACAUGUACACAUUUAUCGAAAAGUGUGCUCAAAAUUUCAUCAGUCAUUAUAAAGCCGAAGUUGAAGUCGAAGUAAAAGAAAUUUUUUCAAAAUAUGCCAACGAUGUGAUUGCUUCAGUUGCGUUUGGUGUCGAGAUUGACUCUUUAAAAGAACCAAACAACGAGUUUUACGCAAAUACAUCACCGUUAUCUCCGAAUUUUUUCAAAAAACUUCUCAUUGGUAAAGAAAAAAAUGAUCGACAAGAUUUAGUUAAUUUGUUGAUGGAAGCUCGAAACGGGGCUCUCAAAUUCGAGACGUACAAAAGGGCAAAAGGUGAAGGUUUCGCCAUUGAGGGAGAACCAGAAAUUGACCCUUUGGCCAACCAAGUGGAACUCUCGGAUGACCAAAUUUUGGCCCAGGCCCUACUUUUCUUUUUCACUGCUUUUGACACCAUUUCCACGUCUUCCAGUUUUCUGGCUUACGAACUUGCUGUCAAUCUUGACGUCCAGAAGAAACUCCAGCGAGAGAUCGACCGAGUGAUGCAAAUCACUGGUGACAAAAUCCCCUACGACGCUUUGCUUUCAAUGAAAUAUCUCGAUCAAGUCAUUUCGGAAAGUUUGAGGAAGUGGCCUCCCAAAUUCGAAACCGACCGUCUUUGCACCCGCGACUACCACUUAAAACCCCAAAAGAGUGAAACCCGUUCUCUUCUGAUUAAAAAAGGAAUGCCGGUUGUUUUACCAAUCAUCGCGAUCCAUCGUGACCCUCUUUACUACCCCAACCCCAAUCGCUUCGAUCCUGACAGGUUUAAUGAUGAAAAUAGAUCAAAGGUGAUUCCAGGGACGUAUCUACCUUUUGGAUCAGGUCCAAGAAAUUGUCUUGGUGUGAGACUCGCACUGCUGGAAAUCAAAACAUUGUUCUGUUAUUUGCUUUCAAAGUUUGAUAUUGUACAGGUUAAAAAAACGCAAAUGCCGAUUAAACUCAGUCCCAAGUGUUUGGAUAUGCAGCCGGAAGAUGGGUUCUGGCUGGGUUUUAGACCCAGAAAUUAAUGUAAUAAAAAAAAUAAA